GAGGCGGUGCCGGGUCCCACGUGUGCGCGGGGCGAUGGCGGCGGUGCCGGGGAUCCCGGCGGUCCCGGCGCUCCAGGGCAUCCAGACGUGCCUCAGGGUAGCGGGAGCGGCGGCGGCGCGCCCCGAGUGCUUCCUCAGUGUGCAGGAUGGGCUGGCUGCCGACUUCAGAGCAAUGACAAAGACUCUCUACGAUUUGAAUAAAGGAAGUACCAUAGUUCGUGGGGGCCCUCUAAAAGAGCUGGUGAUAGAAAAUUUUGAUGAAGAACAGAUUUGGCAGCAACUAGAGCUCCAGAACAAUGCAGUUCUCGAUUUCUUCAAGAAAUCCAUUGCAAGGGAUGCCGAGGAUGAAGAUCUUUGCCUUCUCUCAGACCAGGAAGAGCAUGGCUCCGAUGCAGAGACCAGCAGUGACAAGGACUUGGAAGACAACAUAAUGGAAGCAGAAUCUGAACAGAUGAAUGUUUAUACAAAAGAUAAAGAUAAAAAUAAAACUAAAGCUAAAGAAAAGCAAAGUAAACUCAGAGAAAGCAUAAUGCAGAAAGACAGUGAUGAAGAUUCUGAUAUUGACUUUGAUAUUGAAGCACUGGAGCAACAAGCUAAAACAGCCAAGGAAACCACACUGAGAAAGAAGGGAAGAAAAUCUGUGGUGGAUGACAAGUUUUUCAAGCUAGCUGAGAUGGAAGCUUUUUUAGAACAUGCAGAGAAGGAAGACAAGGAAGAUGAAGAAGAUGAUGACAUUAAUUAUUUUGAAGACAUUAUCUCAGAUGAUGAGGAAGACUCUGAAGAAACUAAAGUCAAACCAAUUAAAAGUUCUAGAGAUAUGACAUACAAAGAUUUCUUUGAUCCAGUUGAUGAUGAUGAUGAUGGUGAUGAUGGUUUAGUAGCUAAUGGUGCUGAAGAGGAUCAGGAAGAGGAAGCAGACAGUGCCAUUGAAGAGCAAAAUGAAGAAAGUAUGUCUGAGUUUGAGGAUAUGGAUGAAAUGGUGGAGCACAUGAGAAGUAAAGAAGCUCCUAAAAAAGUAACUUUCAGUUUGCCAGAUGACAGUGAAGCAGAAGAUGUAACUGAAGUGCAGUUAGAGAAGGACAUCAGUCCCAGUGAAAUAAAGUCAUCAUUUGAGAAGAGACAGGAAAAGAUGAGCAAAAAAAUAAAAAGCUUGGAAGAUGGAUUGUUAGAGGAGAAGCCUUGGCAGCUGAAAGGAGAAGUGACUGGGCAGAAGCGCCCUGAGAACAGCCUUUUGGAAGAAACAGUGCUCUUUGACCAUGCAGUGAGAAUGGCACCUGUCAUCACAGAAGAAACUACAUUUCAGCUUGAAGAUCUCAUUAAACAGAGAAUAUUGGAUGAGGCAUGGGAUGAUGUAGUACCAAAAGAGAAACCCAAAGAGGAAGCUUUUGAGUACAAGAAGCGGAUCAGUUUGGAUCAUGAAAAGAGUAAGCUGAGUCUGGCUGAAAUCUACGAGCAAGAAUACAUGAAACUUCACCAGCAAAAGACUGAAGAGGAAGAAAAUCCUGAACACAAAGAAAUUCAGGGGAUGAUGGAUUCACUCUUCCAGAAGCUGGAUGCACUUUGUAAUUUCCACUUCACACCCAAACCACCGGUGCCAGAGAUUAAAAUCGUUUCCAACCUUCCAGCUAUAAGUAUGGAAGAAGUAGCACCAGUUGCUGUUAGUGAUGCUGCUCUCUUAGCACCAGAGGAGAUCAAGGAAAAGAACAAAGCUGGUGAUGUAAAAACAAAUGCCGAAAAGACUCCCACAGACAAAAAACGAGAACUAAGAAGGAAAAAGCUCCGUAAACGGAUGAAGCGAAGGGAAAGGGAGAAACGUCAAAAGCUUCUUGAAAAGAUGAAACCAGAACAAGGCACAAAGCUUAGCAAAAAAGCUGCUGCAGCAAAAUUAAAAAGGCUUACCAAAGAAGGCAAGGCAUCUCUGCUCAAGGAUGAAGGUAAAGACAAGGCCUUGAAAUCAUCCCAGGCCUUCUUUUCUCAGCUACAAGAUCAAGUGAGAAUGCAAAUCAAAGAUGCCAGCAAAUUAAAAAAGAAACAGAAGAAGGAGAAAGCAAUUUCUGUUCAUAAACUAAAGUUGUAAUUUACCUUUUUUAUACAGGUACAUACAUAUAUACAUCUUGUAUAUAAUAAAUUUUUUUCCAAAUUUGA